AUGUCUAGUGAUGAGGUUGAUCCUGUUUUUGUGGCAUGGGAGGAGCAAGUGAUAUGUCAAGAGCGUGGGAACCGAGUGAUUCAUUUUUACUUGAAACAUGUGUCUGGGAAUUCUGUGCUGGCUGUUGUUGGGACUGAGAGGAGUGUGAGGCACAUGAUGUAUGUUGUUCCUCAACAGUUUUUGCAGGCUUAUGGAUCUAUCAACGUUACUUAUAAAUGGAGGGCGAGGAGGGAGGUUGUGGAUUGGCUUAACCAUUUGGUUUUGAAGAAUCAAUUGCGUCGUGCGGAUGCAAUGCUGGAUGGUUCAGAAAAAGCUCUAGGAUCGGGAUCUUUUGAUAUGUAUGCUAAUAACAGAAAAAUACCCGAUAAACAGAUUUCUAAGAAGCUGAACUUUCAAAGCUCGAAUAUUGAAUGGUCAGGCACUGCUUGGUUUUGUGCUAAAUCGCUGAAGCACUACUCUGGGUUUGACAGGAAAGGGACAACCAUAUAUGUUCAUUCAUUUGUAUAUAUUAUGGCUGAAGAUGAAAAUCCCUAUCUUGGUUACUUGGAAGAUAUGUAUGAAGACAAAAAGAAACAAAAAAGGGUCAAGGUUCGGUGGUUUCACCGUGGCCAGGAGGUUAAGCAUGUGAUUCCAGACCUUGAUCUUGAAGAGGGUGAAGUUUUCAUCACACCUAAUGUUCAGGUGAUCAGUGCCGAGUGCGUCAAUGGGCCUGCAACAGUUCUUACUCCUAAGCAUUAUGAAAAAUACAAAGCUGAGUUGCUGCCGCAUACCUCUUUACCCGAGAUACAUAUAUGCUUUCGGCAGCUUAAAAACAAUAAGCUCAAACCCUUUGCACUUACUAAGCUGCGCGGUUAUAGUAACCAGCCUAUACUUUCGGAUUUGAACAGCCCUAGCCAUACUCCUUCCAAAAGGAAGACGAACUAUCCAAAAUUGGAAGAUGGUGAGAACUUCACUCAAGAUGAUCCUUUGAGGUACAGCAACAAGAGAGAUAGAAGUUCUGUGGAGUAUUCGGUACCUGAAAAUGGUUUGUCUGGUCUUCAAUACUCUUCUCCUAUGAAUGAGAUGUCAAAAGAUAGUGGCAUUAGAGGAUGCUGGUUUAGAUGUACAAUCUUGUAUGCAUCUCAGAAGAAGCUGAAGGUCCAGUAUGAUGACCUGAUGGAUGCUGAUGAUGAAGGCCUACUCGAGGAAUGGCUCCCUGCAUCUAGAGUGGCAAAUCCUGACAAACUGGGCAUGCGCUGUUACGGCCGUUUAACAGUACGACCACGCCCUCCUGAGUUUUCUAAAGGUUGUACAUUUGAGGUUGGAGCAGCAGUGGAUGCCUGGUGUGGUGAUGGAUGGUGGGAAAGCGUUAUAACCGCUGUCAAUGUUUCUGAAGCUGAAACGUAUCAGCUGUAUUCCCCUGGUGAAGAGAAGUAUAUGUCGGCUAAGAAGGACAACAUUCGGAUUGCCCAAGAUUGGAUCGAUGACAAGUGGGUUGAUAUAUUGGGAAAACCCGACAUUUGCAGCAUUAUAGCUUCAAACUCUGGUUCCCAGACCAAGUUGUCAUCUAACUCUGCGGUGGUCGAAGGAUCAAUGACUGGCAGUUCUGCAACAUUAGAAAGCCCGUCGCCAGUUGCUAGAGUUGAAGUUACUCCAAAGGUUGAGCAAGAAUCAUCUGGUUCUGAACCAUUUCAUUAUGGCGGAAUGAAGAGAUUGACUUUGUGGAAACCACCGCUCCAUGCCAUUCAUGAAGAUGAGGAUAUCGACCCUUCUGGCUUUGAUGCUGAUACCGACGAAGCUGAUGAUGAAUUACUCAAAUCCAAGGAUGACUCUGGUAGUAGCAGCGACGAUGACGGUGGUGAUGGUGAUGGCACUGACAAUGACGGUGAUGAUGAUGCUGACAACUCUGGAGACGACAGCGAGGAUAAUUUCUCGAUGGAUGAAAAAUUUGAUUGUUCUGAACCAAAACUCGAUGCAGCAGGAGCGAUACAUGAUACAUGA